AACUAUAAGUUGUCAUAUGCGAGAUCAGCUGUCAAGAGUGUAGUUCUGGAAAUGGUGACACAUUUAUUAAAAGUCUUGCUAGAAGUUCAAAAGUGUUGAUAAAAUUGGUAAAUAUCAGCAAAUCAUAGUUCUGUGGAAUCAGGGGAGACUUAAAUCCUGUCCAGGACAGCAGAGGCUCUGGGGGAGGAACUGAAAAACCAGGAUCAACACUCGAUAUUUUAACUACACAAAGGAGCUCCAAUAUUCAGCAAAAGACGGACCCCUGUCACAGGGAGGAGCGGUUCAGAGUGAUGAAUGAUUUUGCCAAAGGACAGCGUAUGUCUUACCCAAAAGUCGACAUCUUAAGAAAUACAAAUAUAGUCAUCUUAAAAGGUCCUGGCAACACAAGACGUACUAACCCCCACGGACAAAACACAAAUGAUUUAGAGAGGAGAAUAAAUCUUCCUCAAGAUGUAAUAACCUUUAUUAAAUCCAGUAAUGCCGUAAAUAAGUACCAGACACUCUUCCAGCAGCGGUUGAGGAAUCCCGUGUUCAUAGCGGUCGAGUCAGACUUGGUCCUGUUUUGUAAGUGCCCUCAUGACCUGGAUGAGGCUCAGGCAGAAUUGGUGGGGGAUCUGAGUGUGGAGAUUGAGAAGCUCCAAGGCGCUGCCGCUGCUCCUCCAGAUAUAGACAGAAUCAAAGAAACUCUCAUCAAAGCCAAGACUGACCUAAACCGCAAUGAGCUCAGGGUGGACUUCAGCUUCGUCCCUGAGCAAGGUGCAACCACGGUGGCCAAAGUGCGCCUUGUGGGCUACACUGAAUAUGUGAAGAGUCUCAGAGAUGUUCUUCAGGAUUACCUGUUGAAUCAGGUUUCUACUAAAGAAGUGCUGAACCUGCAACAUCCUGAAAUGGUUGACUGCUUUGGCAAAAUCCUAGAACUGAUUAGCAUUAAGCAAACACAAGUUACUAUGAAAGAAUCCCUUCUUCCCAAGCCCUGUGUAGUCAUCUCUGGCCCCCGUUGCCAUGUGCAGGAGGCCCAUAAGGCUCUUAGAUCUGGAUUAGCCAGUCUGACAUUAGAAAAGUUGGUUUUCGAUGGUCCGGGAGCUGUACGCUACUUCCAGGCAGAAGGUAAAACCAGCAAAGAGCUGGUUGAGAGCUCCUGUAAUGUUCUGAUCCAGGAACGUCAAGUAUCAGCGCCAAGACAAUUUAUUCUUUCAACCUCAAGUCUCCGUCAUACUACAACCACCAGUCAGCAGUCCUCUUUCCUGUUUGUGGGCCUUCAACGAAAAAAUGUUGAUAAUGCCCUAACAAAGAUGAAUAAUCUGUACCAAGACCACAGCGCCACAAAAACCUUCACCAAUCAGGAUCUGGCAGACCUUAUCGAGGAAGACAUAAAGAAGUUGAUGAACCUAGUAGAGACUCAGGGCCUGUAUGUACAGGAGGACCCCUUACGCCAGGGGGGCUUGACGGUGAGCGGGUUGAAAGCUGGCGUCAACCAGGUGGAGCAGAUGCUCCAAACACUCAUUCCUCUUAGGAGAGAACUGAGAGCCAAAGAGGAGGAAAGUCUGUACCCUCGCGUAGCUUGGUGCAUCCUGGGACAAAACGGUAGCUGGGAGAGGCUCCCAAAAACAGCCAAUUAUAAUCUGGAAAAACGUAACACCACGAAAGAUAUAUUGGACACACAGGGGGUUACCUGGAGUGUGAAUCUACUGAAGAUGGAGGCCAGAGGAGAUUUAACUGGACAGAGGGCCAAGCUGAAACGACUUGAGAACUUGGCAGACUUUACAUUUCCGCUGUACUGGGACAAAAUGUCUAAUGCUGAACGUUUGGAAGAAGUGCUGCUGGAUCCUUCGUCUGCAGAGUAUCGAACCGUCCAGCAGGCAUUCAACAAAACUGCCUACAACACCAUUGUGAAGAUCGAACGCUUGCAGAACGUUCAUCUGCGGCGCACGUAUGAAAUGCAGAAGAAACACAUGUCUGAAAAGAACAAAAAUGAAGGUGGAGUAGUUGAAAGACUUCUGUACCACGGGACAAGCCAGGAAAACCUCAACUCCAUCAAAACCAAAGGGUUCAACAGGAGCUUUUCUGGGAGAAAUGCUACUGCCUUUGGUCAAGGAACCUACUUUGCUGUAAAUGCCAGCUACUCAGUGAGCUACUCCAAUCCCGCAGCAGAUGGUACUCAAACCAUGUUCGUGGCCCGAGUCCUGACGGGCGUUUUCACUCUGGGCCGCAGUGACAUGAGGAUGCCUCCGCCUCGCAACAGCCAGCAACCCCAUGACCGCUACGACAGCUUGGUGGAUAAUAUGAACAACCCCAACAUGUUUGUUGUGUUCCAUGAUAACCAAGCGUACCCAGACUACCUCAUCACCUUUCUUUAAGCACAUGUUUAACAAAAAAACCCUGUUGAUCUUUUUGCCCAUGUACCAAUUCAUACCUUUACGGUUUCUGUUGUUCCUAACCUAAUGUUUUGUGCCAUUUCUGUUCGUACCUCUGCGACGUAGUUCACAGUCUUUGACAGCUGAAGAUUUAAAGUCGUUCGCUGCAGGACUGAAGGCAUCACCCAGACUAGAGAAUCAUCCUGCUGAGAGUUGCAGCAGCAUUUUUUAACUGAGAUUAAAGUCCUUAUCUCACAAACACUAAUACCUGAAGAAAAGGUUCUGGACCCUAGGUAACCAGCUGUCUCUUGGCAAUUAACAUACUGUGAUUUGUUGUUACCAUCUCAUCAUUAUGUGAGAUGAGAUGGUUUCAAGGAGACAUUUACUUUCUUUUAUAUUUUGAGACUUCAUUGCAAUUGAUAAUUGAUGUUGGCUAAUAAAAGCACAGAGUUUUUCUGUUAAUUCAGCUCAGUGUCAACUGAGCCCUUUGUUCCUGUAAUGUUAAAUCAGAGGACAACAGGUUUGUUUACAUGCACAAUGCUUGCAGCAUGUUUGAAAAUGUAACAUAUUCACAAUGCCUGGGCGCCGGAGAUCUGUAAUGUCACCUUGGAGUUCUCCAAGCCAAUACAAUAAAGUUAAAACGUAUCUAGAAAUACAUCUUUAACCAGCUCGGUUGAAUUUGGUGUGGAAAACAUGAGAACUUGGGCAAAACCAGGAGAAGCGUCAAUUUGAUCUGCUUUGCAAAUGAGCCACAACAGUGACACUCUUUCCUUUAUUAACACAAGCUUAUUGAAAGUCUGGUCAUGCAAUCAUUUAUUAAAAAAAAAAAAUUCUAGAAAUAUUUUUUAUUCUAGUCUUUCAGGAUCUGGUUUAAUAGUUCACACGUAACCUGCUUGUUUCAAAUAGGAUAGGAUAAAAAUAGAAGGGCGGGACUUGAACUGUAAUUUUACGCCACAGGUACUUUCAGUUCUUGAUGCCACCCAUUUGAAGUUUGCCUUCUUCUGGAAAUCCUGGCAGCAGCAGACUUUACCCAAGAGAAACACUACAUACUUGAAACAAAGAUCUUUGCUCAACACCAUACAUCAUAAUUACAUAUCUGGUAUGUGUGAGGCAGCUUGAGUAUUAGUUGUGUAUGUGAAUAUACUUCUUCUACACGAUGAAUGUGGGCAUAUUACAGAAUUGUGCAAUCAUAAGUUAUUUCACAGCCACAUGAAAUGUUGGACACUGUAUUUUAAUAAACAUCAUGGAGCCAUGA